AAAUCGAGUGCCGACUUCAGCGCUGUGAAGUCUUCUGGGUGUUUCCAUGGUGACAUCAGCAGUCUGGGUCGAGCUGACUGACACGUACUGGUUGGUUAACAAACUGUAGCAACGACUCAGGAAAGCUCCCGAACAGUUCGAAACGCUGAACUCGGAGACAUUGUUGGAUCAAAAGACUUUAGAUCCUGCUUACCUGAUCUCAUAAUGAACAUGUUUGACCGCACCAUCAACAUUGAUGCCCUCUUCAGGUUCUCCCAAAUAUCUCACUCUACCCAAGUGCACCUGAAGAAUGUGUACUCCAGCUUGGCUGUUUGUAUGUUUGUGGCUGCAGCGGGCUCAUAUGUUCAUGUUGUCACACGUCUUUUGCAGGGCGGAGUGUUGUCUGUGCUCGGUUCCCUGGCAAUGAUGUUCUGGCUUGCCAUGACGCCCCACAACCCUGAGACAGAGAAGAAGAGACUAGGAAUCCUUGCUGGAUUUGCGUUCCUCACAGGUGUCGGCCUUGGCCCCACACUGGACUUUGUCAUUGCUGUCAACCCCAGUAUCAUCCUGACGGCCUUCUUGGGAACCUCAGUGAUUUUCAUUUGCUUCACUCUCAGUGCUCUCUAUGCAAAACGCAGGAGCUACCUGUUCCUGGGAGGCACACUGAUGUCUGGCCUCUCCAUCCUCUUUCUGAUGUCUCUGAUGAACCUCUUCUUUGGAUCUGUGAUGUUGUUCAAGGCGCACUUGUACCUCGGGCUGCUUGUCAUGUGCGGCUUUGUCCUCUUUGACACUCAGCUCAUCAUCGAAAAGGCAGAGAACGGAGACAAGGAUUAUGUGUGGCACUGUGUGGACUUGUUCCUGGAUUUCAUCACAAUCUUCAGAAAACUGAUGAUCAUCUUGGCCAUGAAUGAUAAGGACAAGAAGAAAGAAAAGAAGUAAAAGCUGAUGGAGUAGUGGUAAAAUUAAAAUUUAGAAAAGGCACAAUUUGCAAUGCGUUUGGUGCUUUUUUACUUUCUCCUUUUCUCAAUCUAACUCUUAUGUGGUCUUAUGUUUUCUGGAUUUCUUUGGCGUAAUUUUGAAACUUACAAGGGUUGAAUGUAGGUUUGGGAUACUUUGAUGGUAGUUUCAUCUGGGCUGUGAAUGGAGAACACAACACUGCAGUGAUCGCGCUUGGCCUGUAGAGGGGGACGUUGCCUAAUAUAGGUCUCCAAAUUUAAGUUUCUAUUACUAUUAUUUAGUGCCAUAAAUGAAGACAAAAGGCUCAUGUAAGCUUUGGAAACAGAAUACAGUUUGUUUAGUUUCUGUUUAAUUUGCUUAUUUAUAGGUUUCCUCGUUUCACUGUAGUGAAAUGUAAGAUUAGUGUCCCAUGAAUUAAAGAAAAGUAGCCUUCUAGUUUGUUUUUCUUGUUUAGUUCCAUCAAAAGUCUGUCUUGUGUAAAAUACAGAAGACCUGUCAGACACCACUAAUCACAUUAAACCCAUCCAGAUGGACAUAAAGUCACUGGGUGGACUGGUUCAUGAAUUUAGACAUGUUGAGGAGGGAGACGGUGCCAUCUGUCCAUUUUCUUUUUCUUGCCCAGCUUGUAUAACAGCGACAGGUCACUUUUCUGAAACCCGCCUCUUGUAAAUUUCCCUAUAAUCUGCUGUUGAACCAUUACUCUGCCAAAUUAUGUUAACCAGGCAAUUUGACAUCAGUGCAAAAUAACUUUUCUUUGUAAGUGUAAACUGUGAAGAUUUUUUUGUUGAUGUAUAAUGGAAAUUACUAAUUUGAUACAUUUGCUCAAUAAAUGUGUUGAAUGGA